UUUUUGUAGACCGGUUGCGUCAGCGUUUAUAGCCUGAGCUAAGUAAAAACUUUACAGUUUUAAUAAAAAUAAACAAUAAGAAAUAUGGCGCACAGCACCGUGGACAAAGCUGAAUUAAUGGAUCAGGUGAAGCAACAAAUUGCUGUUGCAAAUGCCCAGGAACUGCUUCAACAAAUGACAACAAAAUGCUUUAAAAAAUGCGUAAGCAAGCCUGGCACAUCCCUAGAUGCCUCAGAACAGAAAUGUGUGUCCCUGUGUAUGGACCGUUUUAUGGACUCGUGGAAUCUUAUUUCAAGAGCCUAUGGCCAGAGGCUGCAACGAGAGCAGCAACGAGGUUAAACUUAAAUGACCAGCUGAUGCAAUGUUAACGGCAUACUGAAAGAACUUAGCCCUAGUUAUAUUCCUUGUUAAACAAAAACUACAUUAAAAGAAAGUUUUCAUACAAA